AUGCCCCCAUCUACAGGGAGGGUAAAAUUAAAUAGAAACGUGCUGAAAGUUGAAGGCAAUAAUGGACUGCCAAGCGUGCCCAGACGGAGACGGCCCUUCAAUGUGUUGCACCAAGCCACCGGCGAAACACAUGGCGAUCCUAAACGCAUCGGGAAAACACUGGAAUGCUCUUUACAAAACAGCGAAGUGAAAACGAAGGAUGAUUCUGUUUUGGGGAACACUGAAUCCUCAGUCUUGAAAUCCGAAAAUCAUAAUUUCCCCCCAUACUUGGGGACAGAAAAAGGGCACCUUGCGAGUCAGACAGCUGUGGAAAAAACAACUGCGGUGCCAGCAGACAGUGGGGAACAGAGGUCACCACCAUUGACUGAAUGUGAAGGUAUGGCGCUGUCCAAGAGAAAUUAUUUUAAAUACAAUGGGCAAUUGAGCACUGGGAAUCACUUUUGAGGUGAAAGUAGAUGGGCCAUAUACUAGAAGCAAAUAUGUCCAGGCUAAAGUCGGGGGACCUCACAUGAUAAGUAAAUCUGCAACUAGGUCGAAUGGGGUGACAGCGGGGCACAAUAAAUAAUUAUGUUGCAGGCUGCAGUUCGCGGUGUGCUUUGGCAGAGGGGGCUCCAACAACAAACUGACUGAUAGAACCAAUACUUUUAACCAGUCAAUUUCCCAGGGUAAAAAUUAUAGGCACGUUUCUUAUUACAUAAAGAGCGACCUAUUGGUGAAGUCCUGCGUGAGAGCGAGCCGUGCAGCUGUCAAAACUCGAGAUUUUGCUGCUGGCAAGCCGCCAGCGACAUUGACCAAGACAACUAGAAAAUCUGUGCAGAGAAGAACGCGAUCAAUAGAGCGCAAGAGGAACGUCUCUUGUUUAGAGCCAGACAAGGCAGUUGAAGAGCAGUCUCCUGCUCAGUCACGAAAAAGAACCAAUGUUGCCGCAAAUAACCGGGUGAGUGCUGCUUUGAAACUGCGAAUAGAGCAAGGGAGGGAAGGAAAGUUUGAAGUUGAAAACUUUCGAUCUGCAACGUCAGCUACAAGUGCAGGUACAGAACGAAGAGUUGCAGAACCUAUCGAAGUGGAUUCUGGCAACGCCGUAAAAAGUGCAUUCUCUCUACUUAAUGGGAUUUCAAGUAAGAUUAAUUUAUUACAAUUUUACCGUAUUGAAUGGAGCACUACAUCGAUAAUGUGAUUGACUGGUUUCAUAUGCAAGCUUGCCUGCCUCAACAUGCUCGGUCUAGCUAGCUAGCCCACUAGCAUUUAAGCUAGCUAGCUAGCUAGCUGGCUUGUUAUCAGUACCGCACACUCUGGCGCUAACUCUACUUUCAGCAAUGAUUGAAUGUCAAUGUUGAGGCUAGCUGUUGCUUGUGGAAUGUCUGUUACCUUGUCGACCCAACAUUACAUUAUGAAUGCAGUGCUCCACGCAGUCUGCAUUUCUUGCUUGCCAGGAGACAGUUGAUGACUAGCAGGCAUUUCUUUCACAUGCCAUGGCUAACUGGCUAGAUAGCGUUCAAGUUGCAUGAAUUUGUAUUUCAUGGAAGUAACACAGUAGCUAGACCAUUAAUGCAUUGACAAGUCUCUCUAGGUGUAAUUCAGCUUUGAUCAACCCAUGAAAAGUUAUCUAGUUGUAACUUUUAUAACGUUUGAGCCUGAUUUCAAUUGAUUGUAACUGGCAUGGUAUGUUAGUUUUAGUAGUAGUACUAGCUUAUGUGCAAUGAUGUUAGCUAGAUUCCAAUUAAUCACAACGUGAUUUAUGGUAAAAUGAGUUGAAGUCAAUGUGUAUAAACCCUCGAUGACUGACAGGGGGCGCUGUAUUGAAGCCACCGCGCAGCCAUCUUUGCAACACUCUACAAUGUCUACAUUUUUGACACGUUUAUUCUAUUAGACACUUUAAUGCAUACUUUUAAAUUAUAUUAUGUGAGCUAAACAUACAAAUAAAACAUACAAAAAAAUAUACAAACAUUUUCCUUAAAGUAAUUUUUUUAGAUUACUAAUGUUACUGUCCCCACUACAACAAAAAUGCUUAAAUACAUGUAAUUUUGGCCUUGAAACAUUUAAUUGAAAUAAUGUAGAAUUCCAUUCAUUCCUAUGGAGGACUACUCCUACUAAGGAGUGCCAAUAUAGCCAACCGGUGAUGUCAAAGCCUCUCAAUGGCCAAUACAUAGCAACAGCAAUCCAGGGUUAAUAUAUGUCAUUGGUUGAAGUAGAUGCAUUAUCAGACUACUUAGCCAAUAGGUUGCAACUCAAUAGUGGAAAGUGACUUCCUUGUCUCCUUUUCUCCCCUCGUCUCCUUCCCUUCAUCUGCACUGAUGUCAAAGAACUGGACAAGUGUAGGCCUUUUCCUGGUAGGCGUCCACCAUAUUAUUGUCCCCUAUUCUAAAUAUUCAAAUGAGGUUAAAUGAAGGAGAGGAGUCAAGGAGAGGAUGCCAGUUGAAACUAUUGAGAUACACCCAUAGUUAGCCUAAAAAAACAUACAUCAACUGACAGUGUUCAUCUCCGCUUCCAGAUAUUGAUAGGAGUCCCAUUGUUACACGCCGUCGCCCCAAACCCCCCGUCAGCUCGCCAUCCUGUCUGCAGCGGUCAGUCAGGAGAGUGGUCAAAACCUUGUGCUGCGCCCUGUGUGGCGACAUUAAAUACACGCCCCCUAAGAGAAGGAAGCUGCCCAGGGUUGAGCCAGUUGGAGUGACAGGCAGAGGCAGGGCCAGCGUCCUCAGCAGAGUAGUAGGGCUUGAGCAGCCUAAGGUCAGGGUUAAAACCAGGAAGAACUUCACCUCCACCAUUAAGGCCCCCAAGAAGUUGGUGAUCUGGAUAGGGAGUUACCCCAAGGUCAAGCUCUGUGACGUAGCUCAAGUAUGUGACAUCUCGGUUGGGGACUUUUCCUGCCUGCUGCCUGCCCAGCUCCUGACUUCCAAAGUGGUGCAUUGUUUCAAGCGGGACUAUCGGAGAGAAGUUAGUCUGUUAGGGCCUAGUUGUCGCAGCAGAGGGAGCCAUGGGAGUGAGAAGACUGGGGAGCGCCCUGGUAGAAAGAAGUCGCAUCACUGUUCUCAGUGUGGGAAGAGUGGUCAGCUUCUGACGCCGACUGAAAAUCACCACUGCAUGCACACUGGGGAGCAUGGAUUGACUGAGUCCAAUUGUUCUGCAUCUCUCACCGCCUCGAAGGGCGGGACGUCCGAAGCCUCCACCAAUGGUUUUGCUUGUCUUUUACUAGGUAAGCAGCAGGUGAGCAGGGGGUCGAGCGGGGUUGGAACGCGUGACGGAGGCAUUCUUGAAGACUCGGGAACAGGAAGUGAUGUCGUAGAAACAGGAAAGCCAGUCGCUAAGCGGAUGAGGUUGGGAGAUGUCCACGGAGACACAAAGGAGCAAAAACAUUCUAGUCCAAACGAACCAGAACGGAAUUCUGGAAUAGCUACGGCUUCCCUCGGAGGCAGUAGGAUGCCAUGUGACGUCCCGCCGCAUUUACACACGAGUGAUGUCAGUCGUAGUCAUAGCAACGCUACAGACGCUCCUGUGAGGUUACACCACUCGGUGACGCAAAAUGGUGGCCGGAGGGGAGGGCCCGAGGGAGGUGACAAGUCACUGGCGCCCCCUGCCAACGGGCUGCUGUCUCCCUGGUCCGAGGAGAACGUAGUGGAAGGAGACUCAGACAGCGACACUGAGGACCAAGACCUGUUCUCCUGUCGUAGAGUGGUGGCCUACAUGAAGAGGCUGCACCUGUCCUGUGCACGCACCUACCUCUCCUGGCCCUUCCCCAAACCUGAUUCUGCACUGUCACUCUCUGUGACAUCAUCAGUCCUCGACGCUAAUGGAACACGGACACCCCCCGCGGAGUCUGAGUCAUCAGUUGUGGGCUGUGUUAAUGGAGCCCUGGUGAACGGAAAUGGAGACUCACUGGUGAGGGCUGAGAGAACCACAGUUCUUCCCUCUCACUGUACACUCUCUGAAUACACUCCACAGACAAGCUACCAGGUCUCGGGUCAUAGGAAUGGGAUGAAGGCAGAUGGAAAAGAGGGAGAGGGAAACAUGAUGGAAGGAGAAGAGAAAGACGUGAGGAACGGAAUAGGAGGAGAAGAGGAGGAUGAGAGCGUGACAUAUUGUUUACGCUUUCCUGACACUUCGAGCAAGGCGUACCCAUCCCUCCUUCCCCUGUGUAAGAAGAAGCCACAGUCCCAACUCAGAACUAGGGGUCUCCAUUGCAACAAAGCUUUCACCUCCCCUCCACCCAAAACUUCCACCCUCCUCACCCUAUCCAAAGACCAGACUGAGACUGAUACAGCGCCUUCUGUUUCCUCCAGCCUUUCUCAAACUGACACAGACACCGUUUCUAGCCUCUCGCCACCUAAAACGGACUCUGUCUCAACCUUUUCUCCACCUAAAGUCAGUGGCGGCGGUAAGACGGACACCACCCACUUCUCCACCCCCUCACCUGACCCAGCCUCCACCCCCUCUCCUAUAGGUCUCGGUAGUGACAUGGACAUAGACACAGCCUCCACCCCCUCUCCUAUAGGCCUCGGUAGUGACAUGGACAUAGACACAGCCUCCACCCCCUCUCCUCUGCGUUUCACAUCUGCAUCCCGAAACAUGGAGAUGUCCCAUACAUCCUGCUCUCCUAAUCCAUCCUCCCUUCCCUCCUCCUCUCCUACUCCCUCCUCCCCUCCACCCUCCUCUCCUAGGAGGAAGCCUCAGCCUCACCUGUGUCCUAUGUUCAAUGAAACCUCCUCCCCGUCAGCUGUGAACAGUGAGACAGACUCAUUUCACUCAGCAGAGUCGUCCCCUCUUCCACCAGACUUCUCCUGUCGUUCAGCUGUAUCCUCCUUUCUCUCAUCCAGCUCCUCUCUUCUUCUGCCUCAAGAAAAAAGAAAGGGAGAGGGAAUGGAGGUGCAGAGAAGAGGAGAGGGGGAUGAAAUGGAAGGAGAGGCGGCUCAGAGUGGAGAUGAAAGAGCGGAUGAACUGGAGGUUUUGGUUUUGCCAGGCAGUGAGUCCUCCAGCCCUGAGAAGCAGGAGCAGCAGCGUUCAGAGCAGAAGAGCAGACAGGGGAGCUCGCCGCUCAGCAAGCCCAAAGAGGGAGGGGCUGAGUUGGCCAUGAUCAGUACCCUCGCCCAUGGGCUGCCUGGGAUUCCUGGAGGUCAAACCUCGGUGCUGUGCAUAACACGCCUGAUGCUGCAGACACCGAGCUACUCAGAAGAGGACUAUGAUAAGGAUGAUGACAGUGUAGAUCAGAAAGAGAAGUUGUCGAGUGCAGUAGGUGUUCGAACACAGGCCCAGGCCUCCUCCACUGAUGAAGAUGAGGAGGAUGAUGGUAGAGAUGAAGAUGAUGGGACAUGUGGUGAAGAGGGGCAAUCACAGUCUUCUGGAGAUGGGAGACUAGAGCCUGUUGUUAAAACCCAACCCUGUACUGAUGAUGAUGAUGAUGAUGAUGAUGCCGACCAUCAUAAUCAGUCCACCUCCUGUACUAAGGUCAUGUCUGAGAACCAGGAAGCCGGCACUCCUUCCUCUUUCGGGUCACCCACUCAACACCAGGAAAUAGAGGUCAGGGCAGGGUCAAAGGUCAAGCUGGCUAGCGACCCCAAAGCUGACCUCUUGGACGAGUUCACAGCCUACGAGCAGGACAUCCUUGUUGUGGAUGUUCUCCUGGAUGACCCAGAGCUGUUUGGCAGCGUGCCCCAGGACAGUGACCCGAGGCCGGGGUCAACCAGGGGAGGAAGGGGCCCUAGAACCAGGACCACCAUCGGGGCAGGGAGAGCCCUACCACUCAGGGGUGCAGGUCCCUCAUGGGCCACUGAGAAAGGGUAUGAUCGUGUUAGGUUUGAAUUUGGAAAUAAGAUUGGAAGUCCAUUAGUUAGAUACUUCUUAUACAGGACUUUGUGAAAAUGAUCUCUCUCUCUGUUUUGUCUUAUAGCUCCACCACUGGUACAGAUGGGCCUCCUGGUUCUAAGACCGACCAGAGAAUAAUUAUCCACAUUAAAGGUUUGUGCCUCUAAAAGGGUCAAUAGAAAUGUGCUAACACACACACACACACACACACACACACACAAUCACAAUAUAAACUGAAAACCUACUAGUGGGAAAUUCUGAUAAUUCUGUUUUUGUCGGUCAAUAAUUACCUUUAAUAUGAGAGAUUGUAAACCUAUUUUUAAUGUGUGUGGGUUUAGAUGAGGAGAGUGCAGGACGAUCUUGGAGACCUGUAGCCAGCCCCAACCCUAAGCCUGCCCUGGUCCACAGCAACAGCUGGCCCCCUACUCUACACGCAUUACAUCCAGACCAGGUCAGCUCAUAGCAUCAGAAUCACUUUAUUCGCCAAGUACAUUUACAAAUACCCAGAAUUUGACUCCGUGAAUAGGUGCUGCCAGCAAUAGACGUUGUACAAACAGAAUACAGACACAUAGAAUAUACAAUAUAAAUACAGUGACCCUCCUGUAGCUCAGUUGGUAGAGCAUGGCGCUUGCAACGCCAGGGUUGUGGGUUCGAUUCCCACGGGGGGCCAGUAUGAAAAAUGUAUGCACUCACUAACUAAGUCGCUCUGGAUAAGAGCGUCUGCUAAAUGACUAAAAUGUAAAUGUAAACAAAACUCUGAAGUAUAAACUGAUUUACAGUACGGUGAGGAUCUACAAUUUACAGAUAUAUCUAUAUAUGCAAAGGGAGGGAUGCUCAUAGCAUAAAGCACGAUUGGGGUCAAUUCAGGAAACAAACUGCUUUUGAAUAAGUAAAAUUGUGACGUUGCUGUAUUGUGUGUUUGAGCAGGGUGGAACUGACUGCGACUACAACUACAGCCCUAUGAAGGAAGAGAUCUCUGAGAGGUACCUGACCGUUCCACUGACCACCACAACACACUACAUCAUGUAGGCCAACUCGAACAUAAACACUACACCUCUACUGCUCUCUCUGCAACGCUAGUGUGCUGUUCAUCAAGACUUCAUUCCUUUCAUGAUAUUGGUUUAUGUAUACCACUGCACUUCUAUCAGUGAGAUGAUGAUGGUUGUGGUGGUUGAUGAGGGUAGUGGUGAAGGAGAAUGAUGAUUAUGGUGGUGAUGGUGUGUUGCAGGGCCCAGGCCAUCCAGACUCUGAACUCAUUUAAGAGCACACUGCCUUAUCUGAUGACUGGGGACUCCUGGUGCAACGGUGAGGGGGAACACACACACACACGACAUCCACAAUACAUAAUGAAAACUUGUAUCUGUACAGCUUUGAUGGGAAGCCGUUGAGAAAGCAGAAAGAACUGACUCCUGUGUUGUUCCACAGCCCCAUGUAAAGACCCAGCGGCACCAGACACCGGCCCUCAAAGACACUUUGACAGUGUAACUACCUCUCAUAAUAAAACUACUGCUCAUAUUUGUCUUUAUACAAAUAUACUUUUAUGAAUUGUGAGUGUCGUAGUUAUCAGUUUAAAAAAACUGCUUUGAUGAAUUAUCUCCUCCAUUCCCUCCCUCCCUCCUCCAUUCCCUCCCUCCCUCCUCCAUUCCCUCCCUCUCUCCUCCCUCAGUAUUGCAAGUAUUAUUUCAGCAUGUCGGACUGUUUCCAUAAGACCUGUUGGUUCCUCCAUGUGCCCAAGAAAGGGGACGAGAAGGUAGGCUGCUACUGCCUGGGUCCUGUUCAUUAGGGCCCAGCGUAACAAAAACAUUUAAAAAUCUUUAUCCAACAAUCACUUGGGUCCUGUUCAUUAGGGCCCAGCAUAGCAAAAACAUUUAAAAAUCUUUAUCCAACAAUCACUUGGGUCCUGUUCAUUAGGGCCCAGCGUAGCAAAAACAUUUACAAAUCUUUAUCCAACAAUCACUUGGGUCCUGUUCAUUAGGGCCCAGCGUAGCAAAAACAUUUACAAAUCUUUAUCCAACAAUCACUUGGGUCCUGUUCAUUAGGGCCCAGCGUAGCAAAAACAUUAAAAAAUCUUUAUCCAACAAUCACUUGGGUCCUGUUCAUUAGGGCCCAGCAUAGCAAAAACAUUUUGCUAUGGAAAAGAAAUUGAGCUGUAGUCCAAAUUGAUAGCACUCUGCUGGUGUAAGAGCACCCUCUGCUUGAGCUUUGGUAGUCAUGUUCAUGCCAAGUGGAAGGAUUAACAGAUGUGAUAGUGUACAUUGGUUGGCUUGUGAAUUCCUUCCAUGUGAGUUUUAUGUCUUGACUAUUUCAUGCGUUUUAUUUUCUUCUAGUUCUGUGUGGAGACGGUGCUGAGGUUUGUCAGGUCUUCCAACCCUGUCUGUCUGCAGCGGGCAGGUUAGUGUGUGUGUAUGUUUAAUGAAAUUGUAGUGCUGAUUGCUCCUCAGACAUCGAUCUGUGUUGUUCAUGAAUCUACCUCUGUCUGAUAUCUUUCUCACCCUUCACUGUCCUGCUCUCAACCUGCUCUCUCUCUUGCGCUCUGUGUCUUGUCUCUCCUUUCCCCCCAUCGCUCCCUUCAGUGUCAGUGUUUAGGUCGUACUACCAGUCCUGUCCUCCAGGUGUCUACCACACCCCUCUGGUCCUGAAUUCUCUCCUGGCCGCUCUGCUCAAAGCUGGCUUUCUGUCUGACAUCAUCACAGUGCUGCACGUCAGCACCGCCCACAACCUACUGGUACGAACACACACAAACCACACACAUGCUGCUGCUACUGUCUAUUAUCUAUCCUGUUGCCUAGUCACUUUACCCCUACCUACAUGUACAUAUUACCUCAACUACCAACACUGCUGCUACUCUGUUUAUCUAUAUGUACAUAUUACCUCAACUACCAACACUGCUGCUACUCUGUUUAUUAUCUAUCCUGAUUGCCUUGUCACUUUUACCCCUACCUACAUGUACAUAUUACCUCAACUACCAACACUGCUGCUACUCUGUUUAUUAUCUAUCCUGAUUGCCUUGUCACUUUUACCCCUACCUACAUGUACAUAUUACCUCAACUACCUCGUAUCCCUGCACAUUGACUCGGUACUGGUACUCCUUGUAUAUAGCCUCCCAUUAUUGUUAUUUUAUUGUGUUACUAUUUCCUUUUACAUUUUUAGCACAUUUUUCUUACUUUUUAACUCUGCAUUGUUGGGAAAAUGCUCGUAAGUAAGCAUUUCGCGAUAAAGUCUACACGUGUUGUAUUCGGCGCAUGUGACUAAAUCAAAUUAGAUUUGAUUGUAUGUUGUGACAGGGAUCAUUAUGUUGGGCCUCUCAAGUAGAGGUCUUCACGGCUCCAAAAAGUUGGACCCAUUCCGAAAUGGACCUGGGGAUUUCCCACCCGGGCCCGAUAUGCAUAAAUAAAUAAAAAUUAUAGAGAGACCCGUUCCGAACGGACCAAUUACAAGUAGACCAGUUCCGUAUAGACCUGGUGUAAUCUACUGUGAAGCCAAACUGGAGAUUUAAACGAUUAUGGAGUAUCCUCCAAUUCUGGUUUAUCGACCACCACCACUAGACAUCGUACAGUACUAGUUCACGGUGUGAACCAAACCAAGGUCCCCGUGCCGAACGAUUCGGUACGAAUACGUGUACCGUUACACCCCUAGUAGUCAGCAACGCAAACUUAUAUUAUUUGACUAUGUCCCACUCCUCUCUUUUGCCCUCUCUCCCCCAUCUAGCCCAGUCCAGCGUUUCUCCUGGCUCUGUUUGACUAUGUGAGGGAGAAAGACCAAUCCGUUUUACCUGAGCUUAUUCAACUCACCUCUAAGGUACUAAGGUGUGUCUGUCUGUCAGUGGAGGCUUGUGCGAUAAGCUAUAGGAGGAAAGGCUCAUUGUAAUGGCUGGAAUAUAAUAAAUGGAACGGUAUCAAACAUAUAGAAACCAUGUUUGACUUCGUUCCAUUUAUUCCAUUCCAUCCAUUACAAUGAGCCUUACCUCCUAUAGCUCCCCCCACCAGCCUCCUCUGGUGUGUGUGCGCACUGAAGCUGACUUGUUCUUUGAUGUCAGUUUUAUUUGUAUUAUGUUUUGAGUAUGACCUGCUGAUCUAAAUGGUGUGAGUUCAGAUGGUAGAUGCAGGCUUGGGGUUAAAUGUGGACCAAUGUGAGCGUGUCCUACACAUGUUCCUUCAGUCGCCACAACACCACCCAACAGACUCACCUGGCAACUACACAACCAAACCUGGCAACCACAGGUGAGUCUAUCUUAAUCUUACACACACUUUACAUACAUCUUACACACACACCUUCGGGUCAGUCCUGUACCUGGCAACCCAAGCCCGUGCUGGGAGCUGUUUUGGGACUGGUUGAGCAACCCAGGGGUACGUUCAGUUCGAUUCAAAAUUUACUACGUUGCGUGGCGGUUUGUACUGAACAACACUUUUCCCCAAAACGGUGCGCACCAUUCUUCAAAAGCCUUUGAGGCACGUUUGGUGGGGUGUGGCGAGGUGUCGCCUGAUCAAUAUAAAGUAAGUAGCCUUCGGCUCCUAGGAGCAGAUCUCCUGUUUCUGUAGCGUGAGACCGCUUGUUGUACAAGUACACCCCCCUGGAAAGGACGCUAGGCUGAUCAAAAUGGUUGUGGCCAUCUUGAAAUCGCAAAACUCAUGCACCAUACACAAUCUCCCUCUGGGCCGCCAUAUAAUCACACUGUUAUUCAACUGGUCGUCCAGUACUGUUUCCGUUGAUUUUUAACGUUGCACACCGUUUUUCUGUACUGAACACAGCACACUGUUUUUCUGUACUGAACACACCCCAGGUGUAAUCUUGUCAUUGGUGUUGGUUGAUUGGCUGUUUGAUGUGUCCAUCGCUCCAGGUCGACGACCACUGAAGCGCCCACUCCUGAAGCGCUGAGUCUGGCCCACGGUCUCGUGGAGGUGGCAGUGAGAUCUCUCCAUUACUUUCUUUAUUUUUCGGUCUCUCUCUGCUAGUUCUGUUGCUUGUUUUGAUCUAAAUGUAAAAAUGUUGGCACAUUUCUCUCACCUCUUCCUCCACUCUUUCCCUCCCUCCCUCUAGUUGUGUUCCCAGCAGGAGGACUGGGGGAGGUUGGGCGUAGUCUUCCGCUCCAUAUGCCACUCCCACAGAAGCCUUGUCGAAUUACAGCACUUCAGCGGCUGCGUUGCCAUAGCGCUGCUCGAGGGGGACAAAGACAGACUGGCCCUGCCCUUUGCCUCCUUCACUGAGACAGGUGAGACACUACAGAGACAGACACAGGUCUGUGAGCAUUGAUAAUGUAUGAAUAAGAAUGUAUUAGUUUGUCUCCUGUUCCAGUGUACCAGGAGACCGAGGACUGGGAUGAUAUUAUACUGGUCAAAAAUAUAAACGCAACAUGCAAAGUGUUGGUUUCAUGAGCUGAAAUAAAAGAUCCCAGAAAUGUUCCAUACGCACAAAAAGCUUAUUUCUCUCAAAUGUUUUGCACAAAUGUUUUUACAUCCCUGUUAGUGAGCAUUUCUCCUUUGCCAAGAUAAUCCAUCCACCUGACAGGUGUGGCAUAUCAAGAAGCUGAUUAAACAGCAUGAUCAUUACACAGGUGCACCUUGUGCUGGGGACAAUAAAAAGCCACUCUAAAAUGUGCAGUUUGGUCACACAACACAAUGCCACAGACUUCUCAUGUUUUGAGGGAGCGUGCAAUUGGCAUGCUGACUGCAGGAAUGUCCACCAGAGCUGUUGCCAGAGUAUUGAAUGUUCAUUUCUCUACCAUAAGCUGCCUCCAACGCCGUUUUAGAGAAUUUGCAGUAUGUCCAGCCGGUCUCACAACCGCAGACCACGAGGAACCACGCCAGCCCAGGACCUCCACAUCCGGCUUCUUCACCUGCGGGAUCGUCUGAGAUAAGCCACCAGUGGGUGGGCCUUGCUCCCAAGUGGUUGGGCCUAUGCCCACCAAUGGCUGUGCCCAUUCCCAGUCAUAUGAAAUCCAUAGAUUAGGGCCUAAUGAAUUUAUUUCAAUUGACAGAUUUUCCUUAUAUGAACUGUAACUCAGUAAAACUGUUGAAAUUGUUGCGUUUUUAUUUUUCUUCAGAAGUUAGUUUUCUCCUCUGUUCCAGUGUACCAGGAGACAGAGGACUGGGAUGAUGGUCUGAUCAAGAGCUUCCUGGGGAGAAUAGGAGUCUCUCUCAUGUUCAGAUACCACAAGACACAACAAUGGGCCAAGGUAACUGUGUGUGUUUCUCUCACACUCUAGGUCAAAGGCUGGUGUAGCUGAUGUGGUAUGUAAUAUUGGUGUGGAUGCGAGUCUGAUCCAGGUGGGAUGUUCUCUGUGUAUGUGAAGGGCCGGAAGCUGGUGGAGGUGUUGUCCAGGUUAAAGGUAAACUACUCCACUCUGAAGGGACUGUUCGGUAAUGAGGAUGGAGCUUCUCGCUGUCGCCUGGUCACAAUAGCUACAGAACUCUUCCUCAGGAGCGACAGUGUAGAGGGGGCACUCAACACUCUCCGAGGUAACGAACAAGCUCUUUCACAUUCACACACUCCAAGGUAAACAUUUAAAACACACAGAGGUAAUCAAGUUUCAGGCGAUUGAACAAGGUGUGUGUGAUAUUUCAGACCUCUGGUGUGUGUGUUGUAGAUAACGAGUGGUUCCUGAGUUCGUGUGUGUGGCCGUGUUCGGUGGAGGACGUAGUGGAGAGGACAACAGUUCUGGUUCGACUAGCUGAGAAAACAUCCCACAGAGACACACUGGAGGUCCUCACUAACCUGCCUGGUCUUAAGGAGCCUGCAGGUACACACACACCCCAACCGUCUCACCAACCUACCUGGCCCAAGAGAGGCACCAGUGAGUCGCACAUUUAUUUGACAUCACCAACCGUGUGUGUGUGACCCUCUCUCCCAGACCUAGCAGACAUCUCCAUCUACGGCUGUCUGUUCAAUGGUCACCUCAAGUCAUGUGUGGAAAGACAGACUAUGACUGUGGCCUCAGACACGCUGGACUUCAUGUUGUCUAAGAGCCUGGCUGUGGACCCUCCUCUGCUGCACACUCUGCUGCACAAACUGGGCAAGCAGAACAUCUGGCUACGGGCUAGAGCUCUCUUCAAACGUGAGUCUAUUACUCACUAGAUAACCAUGCUUUGUUUUCUAUAAAAAAUAAGAUUUAUAUAUUUUUUUUAAAUUAGAAAACACUAGUUUGAAAGCGACAAGUGUGUGUUUGUGUUUCAGAGGCCCUGUGUCUAGGCUACUACCCUGGAGUGAAGUCCGUGCCAGGCUCUCUAGCCCUGACCGUUCCCUGUUCCCUGGGGGAGAUGGAGUUAGCUCUGGCCUUUGAGAUGGUCCUCACCCUUAACGCUACAACCAUCCUCAACACAACAGACACACCACAGUCCAUCAUCAUCACACUCAAGAGGUGAGCAGAUGUGUGUUUGUGUGCCCGCAUGCGUUUUCCUUUAGGACUGGAGACUGAAAGUGAGUGUCUAGGACUGGCAGUUACCUAAACAUACUAAUGGGUCUCUCUCCCCCGCUCUACCUCUACAGAACAGGAGACCGUGAGAGUGAGUACUUGGCGGCAGGCAGUCGCCUCCUCUCUGCAGCGAUCGUCCCCAACCCUAAACUGACCGUCCACUACAAAGCGGUCAACUCUUGUCAGGAACAGCUGUUCACGGUCGACACACACACCGCACGCCGCUGGCUCCGACACAACUACACCUGGGCCAAUGAGGUCUGGACACAGUCCUAG